UAACGGACAACACUACUUAUUUUAGGGCAUAAAAGAGGGGGGAAUUUCUGAAUAACCUAAAUUGUUACGUAUUCUUAUAAAAAGAACUUAGCUUUUUACACAUUUAAAUUUAUGUCACAAAAAAAACAGUUUUCUGUCUGUAGUUAUUUUUAUUUAUUUAUUUUUAUUAUUAUUAGACAGUCGAAUGUGAACUUUGCCACUGAAUCUAAGCAAGGACUUUGCUUGCUAAAAGUCCUUUAUUUGCCAAUAGGGGGCAACGUUUACCCUGUAUUAGAUGCUGAUCUAUUACUAUUUCAUUUAUCGUAACUGCCGGAGAAAGCACAAACACCCUUCAGUGAAAUCCUAUUGGAAGUUAAAUGUUACAGAUACUUUGACGUCAAAAGCUUUCAACCAAUGAACCUCUAGUAUACCCAUAUUUGUGCAGACCGACAAGUUUGUAAUGAUAUACACAAAUGUGAAACACAAAAAAAAAAUACAGACAUAAAACAUAUUUUUAUUUACAAAACAUCACCAUUUGGUCCUAAUGCAUUGGGGUAUAAUCUCUUUUUCAAUAAAAUAUCUUAACCGAGUACUUCUACAUCCUUCCUGAUACAAAUACUGGAGUUUUCAAUUUCCACGUCAAUUCAUUAUUAACUAACCACGAAGAAAAAACUGAAAAUUAAAAGCUGUAUGCGUUAAAACCAUAAUUUUGCAAGAAAUAUAUCUAAAGCUUUGGGCACUAUAACAAGGUUGAAAUCAAUGAAAGGAAUAACAGCAAUAUAACGUACGUUCUAAGCUGUAAUUCUGUUUGCACUCAGCGAGAGUGCGAAUACUAGAACAUGUUAUUAGCUUGUCCGAAUAUUUAGCAUCUUCCAAACAUUGUGCUCGGUGCUUUUGCAUUCUGUAAAAUAUCAUGUUCAUAAGUAAGAACACAGGACACGACCGAGAGAGCGUCUGGUAGCACGCCUAACGUCCUGCUGGCCUGCCAAUCAACUUGCAGUGGGCUGACCUCUGGUCGACGUGGCAUCCGUGACCACUCCUCUGCGGCCAUGACGCGAUCGGGCAGGCGCGGCAAAAAGCUGUGUUGCAAAACGCUCUGUUUGGACGAUUGUCGCACCACACGACUCUGUUGACGAAUCCACGCAUCACGAAUUACCACAGCUCAAGAAAUUUCUCGUUCUACGACGCAAGAGUAACUCGGCGACCGCUGUGCCACGAGGCGAAGGUUUUUCUCUGUACACGAAAGCAGAAGCAUUCAGGGGCUUAGUUAGCAAGUUGUUUCUGCUGUGCGACUUUGGCCUCUGGUUCUUACUCUACCACAAUCAUCACUGGAUCCGGUGUACUUGCCCGUCUUUGAUCAGCUCUCGCGCUGUGAAAUUUAUUCAUGAAGAUCGAGAAAACUAACUCUAAAGACUGAAGGGUGAAACUCCUAUUCUAAAGUUCAUUUGUUACCAUCAGAAUUGUUUUGUGAUUUCGUUUGCGUGGAUUGAAACUAUUAUCAUGUUCGAAAAACCACUUCGUUUGGCCCCUGUACCAUAGGCUCCACAUAGCUGAGCAUGGGAUGUCCUUGCCAGAAGUUCGAAAGAGAAUUUUAAACUUUUAAUUCAUAGAUUUUAAUUGAACACUUUUAAAAUUUCCUGUUUUAACUUCUAAUAAUAUGUUAACAGAAAUUGAUACAUUUUGAGAGCAACAUAAAGACAAACACGCUCACAGAUCUUUUACGUUCUUAGAGGUUAAAAUAAACCGCAGAUGUAAAAAGACUCACCCGGAAAGAGUUGUACAGAGUCGAAAUUUUGAAAAUCGAAAGAAAGUCAUGGUAUAAGCACGAGUCGAGCGCCCAAACGAGAGAAGGAAGUCCUAGUGACCAGUGCGUGCACCUAGCACCCCUGUCCUCGCGUGAUCAAUUACCGACUUUCAUCGGCCGUGUGCACAUGUCUCUACCUCUUAGAGAGUCGCUCCCUAUAGUUUGGUCAGAGACGCCAUAAACUAUUUUUUAGCGCCACAUUCCGACGGCUACUUUUUAAUAUGCAAAUGAGGUCAGCCUAUCAGUGACUCAAGUGACAGAGCCAACACCAGAGCCGGGAUAGACUACCCAGCAUGCAGUAGUGUCCGCCAUAUUUGUUGUUCUUGGUGUCCAUGUAGAUUUUGCACGUCUUUGUUGACGUCAAAAGUCCGAUGAGAUGUCGCGGAGAAAACAAGAGAACCCGCAACCCAGGAAGAGGGUUGUUUCAGCAGCUGACCCGGCCAUCCUCCAAGACGUUUUAACAUGCGGCGUGUGCCAGAAAGACUUUGCCUUAUCAGAUAUUGUGAAAUUCAUCCAGCACAAAGUGCACAGCUGUAAUAAAGAAAACUGUGUUUACUAUGGCGAUGGUGACUUUGAUGGAAAGAGUAAUGACCAAAACAAUGUCUUCCGCUCGAGACUACCAAGCAUUUCGUCUCCUGCUAGUAAAAAGGACAGUGGGUUAUCCACACCACGGAAACUCGAGGAGACCUGUGGCAGCCCUAAACUGUCUUUGGAUCUCCUCAAGGACUCCAGUGUUCGAGUUACUCCUGAAGUGAAAAACAUCCUCAUCAACGACACAGAAGAAGUCGACAAGAAGAGAAGGAGAAGCCCGGUAGAAGUAUCAUCUCCGGUAGAGGGCGGGUACAAGCUUAAACAUGUCGUGGAUGCUGACACUAAUACAACCGCUACAGAACCGAGCAGCCACGUUUGUUCAACAUGUAAGCAGAGCUUCACUUCAGCAUGGCUACUAGUUCAACAUGUUCAGAAAAUGCACGGCUUGAAAAUCUACGUAGAGGCAAACAACAAAGAAAGGAUUUUAACAGAAGUUCCAAGAUCAACACCAGUAUCAUUUUCACCCACGAAUACUUCUUCCCCUCUCGCCAUUAUUCCUGUUAGCCAAGAACAAUCAAUUCCCCUUUCCGUUGGCCUAGAUGCUACUCCAUUUCCAAAUCUACAACUUCCCCGCAUACCCCUGGGUGAACGACAGUUCGGCCCUGCGCUCAACACCCCCAACUACCUUUCUCGUCCAUCUAGUCAUGGAUUCCGAAUGGAUCUCAUUAGUGAUCAUCACUACCGACUAAAUCAUCUUGCAGGAAUAGGUCUCAAUCCUUUUGAUUCGCAUAGCCCAUUUGAUAGAAACCGUUUUGAUAGACCACGAGGACCUCAUAUAGGUUUAGGACUUGAAUCACACCUGGAUUUUUAUUCUCAGAGACUUCGACAGUUAGCAGGGGCAACAAGUCCUAAUUCAACCCCUUCUCGAAAAAUUACGUCUCCAUAUUCUCAUUCCUUGACUUCCAACCAGCUCUCCCCUCACCCUUCUACUCCUUCAAGCACACCUCAGUCAAUUUCUGCUCCAAUAUUGUCUCAGUCUCUGUCUCCCAUUCCAAGUCAGAGGGCUUUUGACCAAUCAGAAUCGCCCAAAAGUAAGUCUUGUGAGUUUUGUGGCAAGUCCUUUCGAUUUCAGAGUAAUUUGAUCGUACACCGCAGAUCCCAUACAGGAGAAAAACCGUUCAAGUGUCACGUUUGUAAUCACGCUUGUACUCAAGCUAGUAAGCUGAAACGGCACAUGAAAACUCAUCGAAAGAGUUCUCCAGAUUCAGCAGAAAAUACAAGUGUAUGCUCAGGAAGGUCUACUCCAGAUUCAACUAGUAAAGACUGUGGGACAAAUAAUGUUGGAGAGGACGAAGACGGUUAUGAAGAGCAAGCCGAAAAUGAGCAUGAAGAACUGGAAGAGGAGGAUGAAAUAGAAGAAGAUGAUUCUGAAGACUUAACAGCUGAAGACUUGACAACGAAAGGGCCCAAAAAUAACUCCUCAUAUCUUUGUACUGGAGACGAAAAUGGUGAGAAGAGUUCCAAUAUCGAACCUCCUAUGAUACCUCAAGAAAAACAGUCUUUGCUGGGAGAAGUUAUGGAAAAAAUUGGACUCAACAACAUUCAGCAAUAUAAUGAGGCCUAUAAGCAAGCUCUGGAAGAAAACAGAGUUGGGAAGUCUUUAAUAAAGAAAGAGAGACCGUCUUCUGCACCAGUUGACAGGUCCCCUUCAAGAAAGUUUAGCAUUUUACCUGAAAAUGGGUUGGAACGAUCAUCUAGGGAAGAAGGCAAUAAUGCCCUCAGCCAACCUCCACUUAACUUAGGUAAGAGUAAUUUACGAGCUUUUGAUACCCAUUUUGAAGAAACUAAGCGGCUAAGGCUCGAUUUUGGAGACCACCAGCGAGAUAAUCUGUAUGCAGGACUUUGGCUACCUUCUGUAACCUCCAGUCGCCGUGACCUUUUUUAUGGGGGUGUAACCUCUUCAGAACCUGAUCACAGAUCAUCCAGUGAAAGUGCCUUGAUGGCGGUGACGUCCAACCUUCCAGGAACUAGUACCCCUACAUCAACCCUUCCCUCCAAACCUAAAGAGAAAGGUAGAAAUGACACGUGUGAAUUCUGCGGGAAAGUAUUCAAGAAUUGCAGUAACUUAACAGUCCAUAGGCGAUCUCACACUGGAGAAAAGCCGUACAAAUGUGAAUUAUGUAGUUACGCAUGCGCACAGAGCUCCAAACUGACACGACACAUGAAAACCCAUGGUCGGAUGGGUAAAGAUGUGUAUAGAUGUCGCUUCUGCGGAAUGCCGUUUUCAGUUCCCAGCACUCUGGAGAAACAUAUGAGAAAAUGUGUAGUCAAUCAGAACGCUUUCCCAACAGAUAGGGAUACUGAUUCUAGGGACAAUAGCACCUCAGGUAUAUUAACAGAAAAGGAUUCUGAUUGUAGGCAAAUGAAAACCCCAAGUAUAACAACCGGUAGAGAUUCGGACUCAAGGGAAACUUCUUGAAAAUGGUCAAAUGUUAUGGAGCGCUUGAAUUAUAUAUUUCCCAAAUUUUGAAAUUUUGUGUGUGUGUUGUGUUUGUUUUCUAUAAGGCUGUGAGUUAGAAUGUAGAACAGUAUUUAAGUAUCAGCAUUUAUACAUGGUAGCAAAAAAAAAGCGGCCAUAGAUGAUAGGAAAUAUGCUGUAUCCCAAACUGGCCAAAGGAUUGUCUUAUAUAAGUGCUGUCGGCAUGAACAAAAAGUAUCAUUAUCGUGGUUGCGCGAUAUAAAAUAAUUUUGGUAAAACCGAUAGAAAUUGUUUAGAAUAUAUCAACAUAUAUCUGUUGUAUGAUUCCGAAAAGAAAUCUUGCUAAAAAAAUAUAAAACUCUUUGAGUUAUUUUCAUUACUCAUAGCAUUGGUUUCACGGAUUUACACGCAUGCGUGUUUAGUCCUUUGUCAGUUAGUUAAUAGUAAGUCACUUCCCUUAUACCCUUUGUUAAAGAUGUUUUGAAAGCUAAAACCCUUGCUAAGCCUUUAGACAUUUUGGACGUUACCUCUGGUUUAAAAACAAGAUUGAUGUCUGAAAUAGUAGUUUAACCUAACGUCAUUUCUGGGUUUGACAAUCAGGUUAAAGUCUUUAAACGUAAUUUACCCCAGAGUUGUUAAGUUAAUAGAGUAAGAAAGUGAUGCCUACUUGUGUUAAAAUAUAUUUUGACCCUCCACUCUUGAUACGUGCAUUGUGUGAACUAAAUGUUUACUUAGUUGAUAAAAAUAGUCAGAUAAUCUUUGAAAAUGGCGGGAAUUCAGGUUUUCACUUGGUUUUUGUAAGUGCCUAGAUGUUGGAGGUUACAAACCUUGUAUCGAAUUUAAUACUUGAGAUACUAAAGAAUUACAUCUAGGAGGCACAGGCGAGCUCUCCGUGUAUAGCACAAAACUAUUUAUUUCGCUCAAAGUGAUGACAAGCCUCAGUUCCUGCCAUUUUGUAUUUGUAAAACUAGAGAGAGAGAAAAAACAAAUCUUACCAUGUCGACUCAAAACACUAAUACAACUCACUGCCUUCUGUUAUUAACUCCAUGUCCAGGUGAGUGUUUAUUUUUGUCUUCAUCCUGAACUUAUGUCAUCAAAAUUAUUAAAGUGUACGGCCUAUUUUAAACACUGAAGAGUAAGAAUGAGGAAGGCUCAUUCCAUUUUGUAAUUUUAUGCAUAAUGAGAAAACUUUUCCAGCUCUUAUUUCAGAUUUGAAUUUAUUGCUAUUCGACACUCAGUGUUAAAUAACGUAUCCAUAAGAACACCUUCCAGCUGCCUUAUAUUUUAGUAAAAUAAAACAAAUCAUUUGUAUCUUUCAGAUAUAAAAGUGCAUUGACUCACCCGUGUUUUUUUUUUAUACAACAGUACGUAAAACUUGAGUUUUUAUUAUUGUUUUUUUGUGCAGUUAAUAACACAUUUUAACGGGUUUUUAUGUUUUUAAAAGUAUAUUACCACAAGCAAUAAGUCUACACAAGACUACUGAGUAUGAAAUAUUACAUUAAUUUAGAAAAUACUUCUGAUAAACUGUCUUUUUUUUGUUUGUUGUUUGUUUAUUUUUUGAUGUGUGGGUUGCUGUAUUCAUUUUGUUCGUGAAAACCGGUCUUUGAGAAACAAGGGACCUAAUUUAAAAAGAAAUGAAGAGAAAUGAAAGAAAAAAACAACACGUGUUUUGGCCCCUUCUGUUAUGUUCUUUCUACAUAAUGAAACCUAAAUCAUUUUUUCAUAAGCAUCCAUUAGGCUAAUAUUUAAUUUAGUAAACACCCUUGUACCAUUUGUAAUACGCAUCUGUUAAAAAAUGGUUUCCAGAUGUCUUGAGUAGAAUAAAAAUGUAUAUACCUGGUAAAUUAGCUCAAUUUUCCCACAAAAAAAAAGUUUGAAAGAUGAUGUGCGUAUACCGGUUUUCUCGAAAUAAAUUUAUAAAUUGGUUACACACACACAUUAUAAUAUAAAUAAUACGGAAGAGUAUUUAAUGAAUUGAAGGUUGUAAAAUAUUAAAAAGUGUUGUUGUUUUACCCCAUUUAGUUUUUGUGGCAUUUGUGUUUCAAUAUAUGAAUAUGGUUAGUCAAUUGUUGCCGAGUUAAUAUAUGUGGACUGUUGUUUUAAGGUUAAAUUGAACAAGAGAACUUUAACGUUGGAGCUAAUUUGAGCGAAGCUACGUUUGUACAGACACCCGGCCUUUACGUUUGUGUUGUUAAGAGAAGAAUUGAACUGUAAGUCAUCUGUGAUCAAGUCUGUUUACAUCAUACAAAUGUUCUUUCUUCCAACAGUCUAUCAAAGAAAGGCUGGUAUUUAUAUCUGGUGGUGUGGAAAGUGAAGUAUGUCAUGGAACAAAAGGUAUCACAAUAUUUCCCGGAAACUCGAAGAUUUUGAUGUAAAAAUAUCAUCAUAUUUCUCUGAUUUUCGUCGGUUUCAGGCUUUACACAUUACGUGUGGCAGCACUAGUCCGACUAUACCUUCACCCAAACUUGAUGUGACGACAUCAAUGCUUAAAUUAUAAAAAAAAGAAGACAUAAUCAGAGGUGUCUAGUGCCUUUUGACGUAACAUAGAAUAACAAAGUAUGUACGGUUCAUACAACAUCUUUUGUUUUGUGUAUGUUUUCUAAGAUUGUCUGUAUGAAUAAAAACCUUAGCUACUA